CAAACAAUCUCUUCCCCUUUCAAUAGAAUCAACACUAGGACAAUAAUGCCAUCCGAACCUCUACCUCCGUUCUCAAGCUCAGUCAAGCUCAAACAUGUCAAGCUUGGCUACCAGUACUUGGUCAAUCACUUCUUCACCCUUCUCUUAAUACCUGUCAUUGUAGCCAUGGUCAUCGAGCUCGUCCGCCUCGGUCCUGACGGGCUCCUGGCCAUCGGCCGCCUCCUCCUAAACCUCGACCUCCUCCCCGUCCUCUGCUCCCUCUUCGUCAUUGUCUUCUUCGCUACCCUCUACUUCAUGUCUCGCCCUCGCUCCGUCUACCUCAUCGACUACGCCUGUUUCAAACCUUCGUAUAAUUGUCGGGUUCCAUUCGCUACUUACUUGGAGCACAUUAAGCUCCUCCCUUUUUUCAACCAGAAAUCCGUCGAGUUCCAGAUGCGGAUUUUAGAACGGUCUGGCCUCGGCGAGGAGACCUGUCUCCCCGCCACAGAGCCACUACUACCACCUCGGGGCAACAUGGAGGGGGCUCGCCUCGAGGCCCAGCUCGUAAUUUUCUCUGCAAUGGACGAUUUACUCCGUAAAACUGGGCUAAAGCCUAAAGACAUCGACAUACUGAUCGUCAACUGUAGUCUCUUUUCCCCCACGCCGUCCCUCUCGGCGAUGAUCGUUAAUAAGUACAAGCUCCGUAGCAAUAUACGGAGCUUCAACCUCUCCGGUAUGGGAUGCAGCGCCGGGCUAAUAUCCGUCGACCUCGCUCGCGAUCUCUUACAGUUGCACGCCAACUCCAACGCCGUUGUUGUCUCCACAGAGAUCUUGACGACUAACUACUACAGCGGUAACCAGAGGUCUAUGCUACUCCCAAAUUGCUUGUUCAGAAUGGGGGCAGCUGCGAUCCUCUUAUCGAACCGCUACAAAGAAAAACGUCGAGCCAAGUACAGGCUGGUUCAGGUCGUUCGAACCCACAAAGGGGCCGACGACCAAGCCUACCGCUGUGUGUACGAGGAGCAAGACGCAGCGGGGAACUCGGGCAUCGCCCUACAAAAAGAUCUGAUGACAGUCGCCGGUGAAGCUCUAAAAUCGAAUAUCACAACAAUUGGGCCUUUAGUGCUCCCAGCUUCAGAACAGUUAUUGUUUCUGUUAACGCUUAUCGGUAGAAAGCUCAUAAACCCCGGAUGGAAACCCUACAUUCCUGAUUUCAAGCAGGCGUUCGAGCAUUUCUGCAUUCACGCAGGAGGGAGAGCGGUGAUCGACGAGCUUCAGAAGAGCCUGCAGCUGUCGGCGGAGCAGGUGGAGGCGUCGAGGAUGACGCUGCAUCGGUUCGGGAACACGUCGAGUAGCUCGCUCUGGUACGAGCUCAACUAUAUCGAGGCCAAAGGGAGGAUGAAGAAGGGGGAUAGAGUUUGGCAAAUUGGGUUUGGGAGUGGGUUUAAGUGCAAUAGUGCAGUUUGGAAGUGUAUGAGGAGUGUGAAAACGCCGGUUGAAGGGCCGUGGCAGAGUUGCAUUCAUAGGUAUCCAGUUGAGAUCCCGGAGAUUGUUAAAUUGUGAGAGUAAUGCUAGUGAUCGUAUUGUUUAGGGUAAAUUUCACAAAACUUCCCAAGAAGAUUGGCUCAUUUUAAAAUAACCCCACAGACGAUGAAAUGGGACUUCUAGCUCCCAAAACUUUUCUGGAUAAUCCCAGAAGAUUUUGGGGUAAUUUGAAAACAGAUUCAGAAAAAUGCAAAAGUUUUUGGGGUUAAAUGACACUGACAAAAUCUUUUUGGGUUACAUCAAAAUUGGCGAAUUCUUUGGGGUUUUUUGAAAAAAUUAUCCCAUUGCUUAUUUAUUUUUAGUAUUGUUAUGGGAUUAAGUAGCUUACUGUAUUAUAGGUGUUUGUGACCUUCAUGUAGUGAAUUGAAUUUGAAUGUGGCCUUAAUUUAUAGCUUGUGAGGAACAUGAUCACUGUUCCUGGAUUUGGAUUGGAAAUGAAUAAAUUAUGUGUUAAUUUGUUUC